AGUAAACACUGGCACAACGAUAUCACCUCUUCGCCGGAGAAUCUGUGAAGUAUAGGUAGCAUUCUACUGCCAGGAAAGAGUUGUUCCCAUUUCUGGCGAGACGGUGAACUAUUAAAUAUUAUUCCCCAAACAAACCGCCAGAAGUCUCCGUUUGUUUGUUGUUUUGUUAGUUAGUUAGUUUGUUUGUUUGUUUGUUUUGUGUAUUUUGUUUGUUUGUUUGUUUGUUUAUUUGUUCGUUUGAUUGUUUUGCAGGCUCUUCGGCAUCCCAAGCACCCCCGGAUGUUGGACACGGCGGCUCUGAUAGAGAGACUGGAGAAACUACCUCAGAGAAGUCGCCACGGCUCAAAGGACGCCCUGGACGAGCGACAUGGGCACAUGGGACUCAGGUUCCGACAGAACAAGUCGGCAGAGAUGCUGUCCCUGGGCGUGACGCCAGGAUUCGUAACACCUUCAUGCAUGGCGGCGAUCACUACCCCUACUGUGUCUGUGGCUACCAACAGUAGAGAGCUGGUCACCUCCAUGUCUUUACCUCACGGCAUGACCCCUGGCCUGACCCCGAGGCUCAUAGCUAUCCAUUCCAGCGCUCACGUUCCGCUCAGGGGAAUUCUAAAACGACCUUCGAGUGAGCCGACACUGUUUACCCCAUCUUUGACAGAAACCAUGAUACAGGCACGUGCAAAACGUCACAUCCAGCUAGGGAAGGUAAGAGACCAACCAGGGGUGAAAUCGCCAGACCUGGAAAAUACGAGCAAACUCUACGACGCCAGAGGCUCGCAAGAAAUGGGUUCACUGGAGACUGAACAGUCUGUUAGCCUUGUCGUUUCUAAAUGUUGCAACAGCUUUGAUGAUGACGACAGCAACUCAGUGAGUCUCAGCGUUCCCAAGACAAGCAACGAAAUGGCCAAACUAAACUCAGCCCCGCCCGCCACAUCGGAGCAGAGAACAGAAACACACUCGAUUAGUCUUCACACAAAAAUGGAUUUCCAGCCGCAAUACAAUACCGAGCCAAUCGAAAUGCUUCAAGGAUACAGCACUUACAUGACGAUGCACUCUGACAGGGUUAACCAAUCAGAGCUGGGGGCAAGAGCAACUGACACGUGUCACACCAGCUGCUCUAGUCAAUCAGAAGACAGAGCUCUGAAUGGCGUCAGGAGUCCGUCUCCUUGGGCCAUGGACAGUAGUGAGAUGAAAACCUCUUGAGGCAGGCAAGAAGUUAGUUGGGUGAGCUGUGAAGAGAAGGUCCAUGGUCAAUAUAUCUAUCUUUGAGACGACACAAUUGGCAUCACGUAUGUUUUUAUUGAAGAUUUUAUAAGAAGUCUUUUAAACAGUGGCUUCACCACCAAGAGUGGAGUUCAACAACUGACUUUCAAAAUAAAGGCUUGUUAUUUGAACUUAUAAAAGGGACAACCGGGUUGUUGUUUGUUUGUUUUUAUUCUGAGAUUUUACCCUCAGUUGCAUGCUUUGUUUUUUAUUUCCAGAUCAGUUUGUUGGGGGGGGGGGGGUUACAUGUCACAAUUUUCCAAUUUUCUUUGUUGCCCGAGGUUUCUUCGAAGCACCGGGGAACAGCGACUCUAUUUUUAAAAACAGCGUAAAGAUAAUAUUAAAUUAAUUCGGAGCAAUCGUAUCAAAAUUAACAAAACGACUCGCGAAUGUCUCUUCUUCGUGCCGGAUUUAGAAGAUUAGUAAAAAAAAGUAUUUACAAGACUGUAUACUGUCAGUUUUAACAGAUCUCUUUAUCGACCCCUACAGUAAAAAUUGGGAGAGGCGAGCUGUGACGCAGAAUCCCUUUGAAGUUUGCCGUCUGGCGGGAUUAAACUUUGCUAGCAGAAUUUUUUAAAUAAUU